GUGUAAUUUGGAACUCAGCGGGGAGGGGCACUUCACUUCCCGUAAUUUCGAGUGGAUACAGACCGUCAUCAGACUCGAGCGAGGGGAGCGGAUCCGAAUUGAAUUUGAACGAUUGAUGCCACAACGGAGGAGGUAGGUAACCAUGGCAACGAGGGGUCAUUCCUCAUGCUCCUCGAUGAGUAACCACACGAAGGAGAGAGUGAACAUGGCUAUGGUGACCCUGGAGAACUUCUACUGUAACCUGAUAGACCAGCAUGAGGAGAGAGAGAUGAGGCAACAGAAGCUGGAGAUGGUGAUGAAUGAGGAGGGACUGCCUGAUGAAGAGAAGCGUAUUCGGCGCUCCCAGCACGCGCGUAAGGAGACAGAGUUCCUGAGGCUGAAGAGAACCAGGCUGGGAUUGGAAGACUUUGAGUCCCUCAAGGUGAUUGGUCGAGGAGCCUUUGGAGAGGUGCGUCUGGUCCAGAAGAAGGACACAGGUCACAUCUACGCCAUGAAGAUCCUGCGCAAGGCCGACAUGCUGGAGAAGGAACAGGUGGGGCAUAUCAGGGCUGAGAGGGACAUCCUGGUGCAGGCAGACAGUCUGUGGGUGGUCAAGAUGUUCUACAGCUUCCAGGACAAGAUUAACCUCUACCUACUCAUGGAGUUCCUACCUGGAGGUGACAUGAUGACAUUGCUGAUGAAAAAGGACACUCUGUCAGAGGAGGAGACUCAGUUCUAUGUGGCUGAGACGGUCCUGGCCAUAGACUCAAUACACCAGAUGGGCUUCAUACACAGAGACAUCAAACCUGACAACGUACUGCUGGACUCUAAGGGCCAUGUGAAGCUUUCAGACUUUGGCCUGUGUACAGGGUUGAAGAAAGCCCAUCGGACAGAGUUCUACAGGAACCUCAACCACAGCAUCUCCAAUGACUUCACAUCUCAGUACAUGAACUCCAAGAGGAAAGCAGAGACCUGGAAGAGGAACAGACGACAGCUGGCAUUCUCCACUGUGGGAACUCCAGACUACAUUGCCCCAGAAGUGUUCAUGCAGACCGGAUACAACAAGCUCUGUGAUUGGUGGAGCCUGGGGGUCAUCAUGUAUGAGAUGUUGAUUGGCUACCCCCCGUUCUGUUCGGAGACGCCCCAGGAAACCUAUAAGAAAGUGAUGAACUGGAAGGAGACUCUGGUGUUCCCUCCAGAAGUACCUAUCUCAGAGAGGGCCAAGGACCUCAUCCUCAGGUUCUGCUGUGAGGGAGAUCAUCGGAUCGGGGCAACAGGAGUGGAGGAGAUCAAGAGAAACCUGUUCUUUGAGGGAGUCGAUUAUGACCACAUCAGGGAGAGACCUGCAGCGAUCCCAAUUGAGAUCAAAAGCAUCGAUGACACGUCAAACUUCGAUGAGUUCCCUGAGUCAGACAUCCUUUCACCCACAGCUGCAGCAGCACCCACCAAGUCUCCAGCAGCAGCAGCUGCAGCGGAGGCUGACUAUAAGAAUAAGGACUGGGUCUUUAUCAACUACACCUACAAGCGCUUCGAGGGCCUGACAGCCAGGGGAGCCAUCCCUUCCUACAUGAAGGGAAGUAAGAGAUGAACUCUGACCCUAUAACUUGCGCUGCAAUGACCUACUGCCCCCCUCACCUCCCCGCAGCACCCAGAUGUCUUCACUUCACUAUUCUGUUUCAUAUUACGACAAAUAUAAAAACAUUCUAAAUAUCCGUUUAUUUCAAAAGUUAAUUUAAGCUGUGUUUAUUGGGCAAGUAUAUUCCCUGCAGGCCUCCUGAACCAGGAUUCAUUAUACCCUGUGAAUAAAUGGUUGUAACCACUGUUUGGCUUUUCUGCUAAUGUAAAACUUUAUCUUAAAAACCGGGAUAGCAGUUUUGAUUGAAUAGGGCCCAAUGUCUCAGAGCUGAAGCCUGGCUCUAACUUUUCCAGCAGCACUGAACUCUACUCUGUACAGCCUUAGAGCAGCCCCUUCAGAACCUUAUCCCCACUCCUCUCCUCAACCACUCAUACUGUUCAUAGGAAAACUUCUCUACUGUUCUUUGGGAGCUGGCAGGUUCCCAGCAGUCUGUAUCACUUCCCCUGUGACCUCAUCAGAUCACUGCUUGACUUCAAGGGAAGAGUUCGAAGAUUGCUAUUUUUAGGGUUCUAUUUUGGGGAUUUCUGUGAUGUCACCAGUUAGAGUGAGUGAGAAUUUUCAACAAAGGACAGAAAAUUCCAUCGUAGUCUCCUUACUCCUCAAGAGUUAUAAGCAAGAACCACUUCUCCUUUACUGCCUUUGUUGUGCCCAGUUAUCUUUAUUUUCUAAUUUUGUAUAAUACAGACAUUUUCAAUAAGGUUGAUUUUAAAUGCUGUUGGAUUUAAAUAGUACUAGUCUUCAGGGCUAUAACGAAUGCUGGUUGUGUGUCUAUGUUGAGCUGUCUGAAUGACACUGCCUUGACACAAGUUAACAUGAUGUCCAUGUCUGUGCCUUACCCUAAGAACUACAGGAGCUGUACAUUAGUUCAACAUUUCAAUUCCCCUUUUUUUCCAUUUAGUAUUUUUAACUCACAAAGGUACCACUGUUUUGUGAAUAACGCUGGUUAUUCAUGAUUUACGUGUACAUUUUAAAACUUCCCCAAAUAUUAAAUAUGGAAUUUCAAUUUUCACAUAUGUGUUUAUAGCACUUUCAGCACUGUUAGAGAGUGUGUGUGUGUGUGUGUGUGUGUGUGUGUGUGUGUGUAAACUUGGCCUCACUUUACACUUUACUGGAGUAAUAACUACAGGAGACUUUUUACUAGAUUAACUACUAAAUUAUCAAAUUACUCUGCAAUCGGGUAGUAGUACAUGCAGCUAUGGAACACUAACCAUUUGUUCUCAUUCUUAUCAUUUUCAAGAGAAUACAAUGCAAAGUGCUAUGUAAUUGAUUAUACUAAAGGUAAUUACGAAGGUAAUUCCCAUAUAGUUACCCAGUAAUAAUACCUGUGUAAAGUGUUGCUAAAAUUAUUUUUCUUUCCAGAUGGACGACUGAAUGAUGUUGAAGUGUAGUUUUCCUCUCAUUCCGGUUUUCACUCGAGUGCUUUAAGGUGUUUUUAUUGCGGGAGAAGUAAGCCCUGAGCGGCUGCUUAGAAUGAUAGACUCAUAGGCUGCGUUUACACAGGCAGACCAAUUCAGGUAUUUUUUUCACUAAUUGGUCUUUUGACCAAUCAGAUCAGCUCUGAAAAAGAUUUGAUGUGAAAAGAUCUGAUGUGAUUGGUCAACAGAUCAAAUAGUGGAAAAAAAGAUACGAAUUGGGCUGCCUUUGUAAACGCAGCCUUACUACUGUAGUGCUGUUUGAAAAGGUACACAUGACAAACAGGCGGUACAAUACUUUCCAUUAUGUCUGCUGAUGUGUUUUUUAACAGAUGUAUCUUAUAUUUUUUAUCAAUGCUCACACCAAGCUGUUCCUUUUGAACAAGGACAAAUAUCGAUAUGCCUUUGCAAAUGACUGCAUGUAUAAACCGCAAUAAUUUCUCUCUGCUGGAUGACACACAUACAGUAUACUAUGCAUAGAUGUGUGCAUGUGUGUCUUAUUGAAUACUUCUGUAUGAGGUUUUGAAUGUUGUCAGCUCAACCACAUUUCUCUGCAAAGGAGUACACAUUUCUCAGCAAAGAAAAAAGCUUUAAAUGCUGAUUUAAAAUUAUUUCAUCAUUCAAUAAAAGUGUUUUCCAACUC